AUGCUGUCUCUCGCCUACUCCUUCGGCAGGCUCAAGCCCAUCGCUGUAUCAAGCCUCUAUGCAGCCUUCUAUCGCAGCCCGGUCACGGAGCCGACGCUGACCAAAGACGUCCCCGUUGCAAAAGAAAAGUUUCCGAAUGAUGCAAUCUUCACCAGACUCCGCCAAAUGACCCUGGAGAAGCCUGACCUGUUGUUCCAUGACGACUAUGGCGUUGAUGCCAGUUACAAUGACUUGAUCCGCGAUGUGAUACACCUGCGCCAGAUACUGAGAGAGCAGCUUCCUGCGUCUUCUUUCAACGCGGACGGAUCACUCAAGAAGGAUGCCAGGUCCAUCGGGUUUCUUGCCUACAGUGGAUACUGCUUCAUCGUGAGCUUCUUUGCCAUUGCUGCUCUGGGGGGCAUUUGCGUACCUCUAUCUACCGAUGUGAAUGCUGAAGAAGCAAGUUACUUCUUGAAGAAAACAAGAGUAACAUACCUUCUCACAGAAGCAAGCCUGUUUGGCAGAGCGACAGAAUUCCGCGAAUAUAUACACACCCAGCCUGAGCAAGUGUUGAGCCUAAUACAGCUGUCAAGAGCACCAAUUGAGCGGAACCCCAGCCCUGUUGACUGGGAACUUGACGACGGCUUGGCCUUUUCACCAACGGAUGGGUGCCUUGUUCUAUUCACCUCUGGAACGACUGGGCUGCCGAAAGGCGUUCUUCUUCCCCGGAAAAUGUUUCACUUUACCGAUGCUCCUCCAGUCCAGGAGAUUGUCUAUCUAGCAUCAUGUCCCGUUCAUUGGGUCGGCGGCACAGGUCUCAUCGACAGCGUGCUCGUUGGCGAAAACUUGCACAUGAUGAAGCACGGAUCCGAGCCUAAAGACUUCUGGGAGAUCUUGCAAAACGGCAAAAUUACUGACAUGAGCGUGUCGCCGACGCUUUUGAGGAGACUGGUAGAGUAUUACGACGAUGAGAUCCACUGCCUUUCUGGUGAAGAGCGCGAGACCUUUAUCAACGGAAGCAAAAGUCUCAAGUCUGUGUUCACAAGCGGUUCUCAGCUCAACCCUUGUCUCGCGCAGCGGUUUAAUGACUUGACUGGGACGCAUGUUCGGAAUGGGUACGGCAUAACGGAGAUGGGCGGGGGAGUCAUGGCCACUCCAGAGGGCUCAGCCAUUUCCGAAGGAUACGUUGGAAGGCCUUUUCCGGGCGUCACAGUGAAGCUUUCUGAGGGAGAUCAAGGAGAAGUGCUGGUCAAAACACCCAAUAUGUUUAUCGGAUAUUUUGACGAUGAUGAAGCAACACGCGCUUGCUUUGAUGAAGACGGCUUCUACAAAACGGGAGACCGCGCUCACCGAGUCGGUGAAGAGUAUUACUUUGACGGCCGGAACUCGUGCGACUGGAUUCGGUUUCACGAGUACACAAUUUCUGUGCUUGAGCUCGAGCAGCGUCUGACGGAUCUUCCAUAUAUAAGCGAAGCUCAUGUUCUCCCUGUGCGAGAGCGUGAGGCCGGCGGAUUGGUAGCUGCGCUUGUUCGGCUAUGCAAGCAUGAUGGCGAUGAAAAACGAUGCGAGGUUGACCUUCGAACUAUUCGUGAGAAUCUUGCUCGUGCUGGAGUGGUGUCGUAUAAGCUGCCGACGGUCCUACGGGUACUCCAAGAGGGGGAACAGGUGCCGUAUACGGCCUCUGGAAAGGCGCAGAAAAAGGAAGCUUUGCGACGGUACUUUGGUAUUGCGGAAUGCAUGCCGGAUCAGUAUAACUAUGAAGGCGUGGAAUACUGGGGGAAUAAGCUUGAUUUGGAUGCUUCAUCUCGUUUGUAUGACUGGGGAGGUCUAUAG